GGGCGGGCCUUGGCGCCUGGCUUCUCUUGUUGGGUGUUGAUCCUGAAUGAAGGCGUCCGUCGGCUCCGGCGUUCCCUGUUCCACCGUCCGCUGCCUCCCGUCUUCCCGCUCACCAUGUCCGGGAAACACUUCAAGGGACCCGAAGUUAGUUGCUGCGUCAAAUAUGUGCUGUUCGGCUUCAACAUCGUGUUCUGGUUGCUGGGAGCUGCAUUUCUGGGAAUAGGCCUCUGGGCUUGGGCUGAGAAGGGUGUGCUUUCUAACAUCUCUUCUAUCACAGACCUGGGAGGAUUUGACCCAGUGUGGUUGUUCAUUGUUGUUGGUGGAGUCAUGUUCAUGCUUGGAUUUGCUGGUUGUAUUGGUGCACUGCGUGAGAAUACUUUCCUAUUGAAAUUUUUUUCAGUAUUUCUGGGUCUAAUUUUCUUCAUGGAGUUGACAACUGGGAUUCUAGCAUUUGUCUUCAAGGACUGGAUCAAGGAUCAACUCAACUUAUUUAUCAACAAAAAUGUUCAAGCUUAUAGGGAUGACAUAGAUCUUCAAAACCUUAUUGAUUUUGCACAAGAAUAUUGGUUGUGCUGUGGUGCUCGAGGGCCCAUCGACUGGGACCUAAAUAUUUACUUCAACUGUACAGAUUUUAACCCAAGCCGAGAGCGAUGUGGUGUUCCAUUUUCUUGCUGUAUAAAAGACCCUGCGGAGGAUGUCAUUAACACACAGUGUGGAUAUGAUGUAAGGUCGAAAAUGGAAAUAGAUCAACAAGAUUAUAUUUAUACCAAAGGAUGCGUUGGCCAGUUUGAGAAGUGGCUGCAGGAAAAUUUGAUUGUGGUUGCUGGAAUUUUCAUUGCUAUUGCUUUACUGCAGAUAUUUGGAAUUUGCCUGGCACAGAAUCUGGUCACUGACAUUAAAGCUGUCAAAGCCAAUUGACAGUGAACAUAAAUGGCAACACUUUUAAUGAUGCCUCUUUGAUAGAGAAAAAAAAUGAGUCGUUUAUCAUGGCAGUGCUCCAACGUGGAUUAUUACAGAUUUUUUUAAUUUCCUCAAGUUCUGACAUAACUUGCUUAUUUUGAAGAAAGAUUGAGAAAGUCAACAGUGUCAAGUGCUUGUAAAAUAAAUUUAUAGGUGGUAAAUAUGUAAGUGUUACUUUGUUUCUUUAAAUAACAUUAACACAUUUAUUGCACUAAAAUGUCAUUUAAAUUGGUGGUGCAAACUGGUAAACUCAGGAAAUUUACUGUUUUAUUUAGUACGUUAUUAAAUGCUGCAUGGUUGUAUUUAGUUUCACAAGACUGCAAAGGGGUGAAUAUGCAAACACUGGUCUGCUGCUACUUUUAACAACUGGCCUUUAACUUGCAAAAACAUUUCUUGUUGCUGCCACUACAAGCUUUCAGUUUUGGUAGGUAGACGCAAAAUUUGAUUAGGCUAUGACUAUUCCUAAACUUCUCCUGAGUAAAUGCUGGAAAGUAAAAUCUGUUAAAAUCUUGGGGGUGUGGUUGUGAUGUGGGCAAAUAUUGAUGAGGUAUUAAUGGGGCACAUGUCAUUGACUAAUUUGUUAUUAGUUAAUUACUUUAGGCAUGAAAGCAGAUGUCUUAUCCAUCAAACCAUAAUUCAUGCACAUUAGUCACAAAGUGUUUAAGAUAACUGGUUCCAUGUACUUUACCCUUUGGGUAUAUGUUUAAAACCAAACCAGAUUAGAUAUUAAUAUAGGAAAUUUUCUCAGUCUGGGAUUUUUUUUUGACAAAAGUAAUUGUUUAAUUUGAGCAUACCUUUUUGUAUAUUCAUUUCUGUAUGAAUUUCCUCAGUCUUAUGUGCUGGAAGUUUAAACUAAUGCUAUGACAAUACUGUUAUUUCAGCAUAAUUAUAAGGACUUCAGCUCAUCAUAUUUGUAUAUCAUAUGUUUUGCUUUCACAUGGUCAGUCCCAUUGCAUCAAAUAUUUAAGGAAAAUUUCUGCACCGGUACUUUUGGUUCAUUGCCAUGCAGUCCAGUUGAGAUUAAACUUAAUUGAUUUAGUCUAAAUGUAAAUAGAUUAUUUUAAAUACACUGGUAAAUACAUAAUUUUACAUUGUUAUAAGCUAUCAUUAUUCUGACAUGAAGUAAAAUAACAUGCACUGUUCCACCAUACGUUUCCUGUUAUCCAAGAUUUGUUUAAGGUUAUUACGGCUAUCUUCUAAAAUUGGUGUAAAUUGAUGUUUUUCAUGAACAAUAAUGUUAAGGAUCAUAAGUGGAAAUAACUUGUGCCAAUUCAUUUAAGUUUUUGGACCGAGUUGUAACUUUUAAGCUCUUUCUACUUUACAACUACUGUUUUAAAAAGCUUUUUAUGAUGGUAAAAUUUUUAGUUUUAUAUGCAUCACAGCAAUAUUAUAAGUCAAUCAGACCAAAACAUGCUGUUUGCUCUUCUGUGGCAAAACCUUACUAUUACUCUUUUGCAAGAUUAGUCUUUAUACUUGCACUUUUCACAAUCAUUGUAGAAUGUAAUCUGACUCAAUGUUGAUGGUGUUAAUGCAGUUUGAUAGAGCUGCCUCAGAGUCCCUUUGGAAUAUUGUAUAGCUGGAUUUCUAAGUGGCAAAUUUAUGGAGUGUAAUUUCUUUUCUGCAACUGUUUUCAUUUUACAUUCUAAUUGGUACUUAAGUCGAAUUGAGUUAAAAUGGUGUAGUCAGUAAACAGAAUCCAAUGCAGUUGUUCUCUUUUAUUGCUGGUUACUUUAGGUAUUUCCAUGUGAUGUACAAUAGUUAAACAUUUUGCUCAAAGUGAUGUCUCGAUUUUUGAGGCUUUCAGAAAACUUCUAGUAAUUGCAAGAUUUUGGCUUUUUUGUCUCACAAAAAUUAAUUCUAUAAGCAGUGUUUAUGUUGUCCAUUCUUAUUUUGUGUAGAGUAUCCGGAUAAAUUAUUUCAAAGGUUGUCAGAUUUGAGUGGAUCCCAAUGUGUGAUUUGCAAAUAGCUGUGUUACAUUGUUUUUGCACAGUAUUAAACUUUAUGAAAAUCAGAGUUGUUAACAUGCAUUGCACAUUGUUUGUGAUCAUUGAGGUAUCAAGAUUACA